GCUGCCAUGGAGACUGAAACCCAGACACAACUUCCCUUGAUCACUGAGUUGCGACUACUACUGGGAGGUUGUUUGUAGCAGCAUGACUUUCACACUUUAACUCUUGCUGCCUCCUGUCAAAACCUCGGAGGGAGAGAGAGAGAGAUUUCCAACUGCUCCUUAAGACUCGUGCCAUCGCCAGGGUCAGAUGGUUAAUCUGAGGGGACGCGUGAGCGAGUGCAGCUUCUUCCACCGCCGGAUGACGAGGGGACGUGAGGAGGUAACUCGGGAGUCUCGGGGCCUCGCCGCCGUGGACCCCCGUCCCCGUCCGACGCCGAGCAGCGUUGGGAGUCAGAACAGAAAGAGGGGGGGGGGGGGAGCGGGUCCCAACUCUCCCCAACGGCGAUUGGCUCCUGCCAAGUAAAUCUACCUAUCAGAGAGCCACCGAUAACACCCUCACUCAUCCCGCUGACGGAGGAGCGAGCAGGGAGGACAAAACCAGGUGACCCCCACAUUUACAAUACACUCAGUUUGCAUGUGUGUGUGUGUUUGCGUGUGUUUGCGUCUUAUGUCUGCGUGUGGGCACACUUGUUUGCGAGCGUGUGUGGGUAUCCUCUGGCGUCUCUGGUUUCGUAUACGGUGUCCGAUUACCCGAUGGGAGCUUUAAUAGAGACAGAGGCGGUCUUGAUUGUGAGUCUGGAGGAGGCAGCCGGGGGGAGCACCACCACGACAGCGGAGCUGCCAGGCGGAGGAGAGCGGGCACGGCAACUUCUGCAGAGCCGGGGGUCUCGGGUGAGCGAGAGCCGCAGACGUCCGCUCGCGGCUGGAUUCAAAACUUUGACACUUUGUGAUCGACGAUCACACAGCGGGCGGGUUCCAACAGUGAGCGUUCAGCUGCCUGAAUGAUCACCAGGAGGAGAGAGGUCCAGGCCAGGAUCGGCGUGGCCCUGCUGGCGGUGUCCCCUCCGUCUCCUGCGCCUCCAACCGGGCCCAUAGACAGAGCCGCGGGUGACGGCGCGUCGGGCAAUGGAGGUGCCCCUCGUUAAUUUCGAGAACAUGGACGACGUCGGCAUCAACCUCGGCGACCCGAGCGACUCCGGGUACCCGACCUCGCCCACCUCCGAGGCCCCCGAUCAGAAUCUGUUGACCCAGCGUCCGACUUCUCCCCGCCAGUCGCCGCACAGAGGACGACGCGGCAGGUAUCAGUCGGGUCAGGAGGCGCUGUCGCCGUCCUCCCUGCCGACGCCGACCACCAAAGGGAACUCCAGCUGCGGCAGCUUGAUCUCCAACCUGAAGCUCCUCAUGAACAGCGAGUCUCCCACCGACAGCGUCUUCAGUAGGAUGCAGAAGGACUGCUACGAGAACGAAGAAUUGUUCGAGAGGCACUGCGCGGACGAAAGAGAUGAGAAAGUUGUCAUCAACGUUUCAGGGCUGAUGUUCGAGACCCAGCUCAGCACCCUCAACAGGUUCCCGGAGACGCUGCUCGGUGACCCCAUGAAGCGGAUAAGCUAUUUCGACCCCAUGAAAAACGAAUACUUUUUUGACCGAAACCGUCCGUCCUUCGAUGGGAUUCUGUACUACUACCAGUCCGGGGGUCGAAUCCGCAGGCCAGCCAACGUGCCCUUGGAUGUUUUUGCUAAUGAAAUCGUUUUCUAUGAGUUGGGUCACGAAGCGAUGGAGCAGUUCCGCGAGGACGAAGGGUUCGUCAAGGAGCCCGAGGUCCUCUUGCCCACCAACGAACUCCAGCGACAGUUCUGGCUCCUGUUCGAAUACCCCGAGAGCUCCAGUGCAGCCAAAUCUGUCGCCCUGGUGUCCGUGUUUGUCAUCGUCAUUUCCAUCUUCAUCUUCUGCCUGGAGACUCUGCCGGAGUUCAGGGAGGACGGUGACUUUCCUGUAGCCCGAACCGUGAACGGCUCUGCGCCUCACCCCGCCGCCAAAGACGUCGUGGCUUAUCUCACGGACCCCUUUUUCAUCGUGGAGUCUAUUUGCAUCGUUUGGUUCUGCUUCGAGGUCGGUGUCCGCUUUGUGGUCUGCCCCAGCAAGAGUGAUUUCUUCAAUAACAUCAUGAAUAUCAUUGACAUCGUCUCCAUAAUUCCCUACUUUGUGACCCUGGGCACGGAGCUGGCCACCACCCCCGACGAGGACUUGAACUCUGGCCAGAACAUGUCGCUGGCGAUCCUGAGGAUCAUCCGACUGGUGAGAGUUUUCCGGAUCUUUAAGCUCUCCCGACACUCGAAGGGCCUUCAGAUCUUGGGCCAGACCUUGAAAGCCAGUAUGAGGGAACUGGGGCUGCUCAUCUUCUUCCUUUUCAUCGGAGUCAUCCUGUUCUCCAGCGCUAUCUACUUUGCAGAGGUGGACGAGCCCCAGACGCAGUUCGUGAGCAUCCCCGACGGCUUCUGGUGGGCCGUGGUGACGAUGACCACGGUGGGAUACGGAGACAUGUGCCCCAUCACCAUAGGGGGCAAAAUGGUCGGCACGCUCUGCGCCAUCGCCGGUGUCCUGACCAUCGCCUUGCCCGUGCCCGUCAUCGUCUCCAACUUCAACUAUUUCUACCACCGGGAGACGGAGCAGGAGGAGAAACAGGUGAUGGACGCGGCGGCAGAGGCCACCCAGAAAAUGUCCGCCACUAACAAGUACGGCAGCACGCCCUCGCUCAACAAGAGCAACGGCGCCUGGCAGAGCGAGAAGAAUGGCGUGCACUGAUAGUGUGUAUUCAAAUGAAUCAAACAAAUCCGUUCGUCAGAUUCAAUCUGGGUGACAACAGUUGAACUUUCCUCACUCUUUCGUACCCAAACAUGGCAGCGUUUGUGCAUAUUAUUACAGUAUUAAUAGGCACCGUGUGGUGGUGGUGGUGGUGGUGGUGGUGGGACGGCCUUUCACACAAGUUGUCCGUCUGCUUGUGGAUGUGUCAAAGUGCAAUUAACAAAACUCGGCAACUGCUACGUCAGUUACCCUUUUCAUCGUCUCUAGUCCAGUGCAGUUUGAGAGGAAAGUGCGAUGGACCAUUUGUACCCGUGGGCAAACGUUUGACCUUGAAAACGUCGAUUGUUAGAUUGAACGUCGACCUGACGGAAAGAGAGGGUUGUAAAACGUCCGGUUUCUAGUUUUGUGAACAGAGUAAGUUCAUCCCAACAAAAGAGAAUCAAAAAAUUUUUUUUAAAAAUAAAUAUAACCAUGGCAUUUAAAGCUGGAUAUACACUCAGCGCUCAUAUCACAUCAAAGUUCCACGUUAGACGUAUUCAGCAAAAAUCUGGAUAGUGCUCAGGACGAUUCCCAAGGACGGGUGAACGUGUCCAGCACAUCGCACACACAAUCGUCUCAUCAGCAAAUCUAUAGCUGCGGAUGCUCGGCGCUGGCACGUCUCCGUCUGACACAGCGUAACAAUAUCUGUGUGAUAACAACGUUGGGCACGUUAGCACGUCUGACGUUGAUCUCGUAGCUACUGUAGGCGGCAAAAUAUAAAAGACUAAAACUGUGAAACCCGCUCAGCAGCCACUGUAUUAUAGCACAAAAGGCAGGAAUCACAGAUUACUUUAUGUACACGGUUAAAAUUAUUAUGAUUUUGGCCUUGAUUUGCACCAGAUUAUUGCACCUUCUAAUGUAUAAUUAUUAUUAUAAUGUGAUUUGACCCUUUAUAAUCUGUAUUAAUACAUAUUGCACUGAGAGUUUCAUUUUCUCCUCAUGAUCUCUCGAGCACUUUUGGAGCUUUACACCGUCAGCCGUUGGCUGGGAAAACUCAUAUUUAUUAUGGGAGUGUACAGGAAUGUGAGAUGAGACGUAUAUUUGAGAUGAUAUCGGUGGGAAACUAAAGUCCAAUAAUACUUUUCUCCUCUGACCUUUGUCCCUCUCGUUUAUAUAUUGCAUGGCGUAAGCGUGCCGAAAUGAGGACUGAACUUUGACAUAUUUACUGUUGCUAAAUAUAUAAUAGUAUAUUAAUCAUAUAGUGACGAUCAUCAUAGUCCAUGUGAGAAGGGAAAGCCAAUUCUUCGAGUGGAUUGGUAUUACAUACUGUAUGCAUGCCACACUUCAAUCUUGUAAAUGUAUGUGAGUUUACUGUAAAUAUAUGAAUACAGCUUGUGUUGAAAUGGCAUGGGGUGUAGUUGUAACUGGACGAAUGCCUUUGCUGAUAAUCCCAUAAUAUGCAAUAACGCGGAAAAGGCAAUACCUGUGUGUUAGAAACGAGACGCAACAAGGCGACGGCAGUUCGCCAGCGUAGCUACUCAGCACUUUACUCAAGGAGAAAGCACUCGAGGACUGUUACUGCACGCGUCGACAUGGUGCAGUGCACAGUGUCAUACUCUGCUCAUGUUUUAUUCAUCCUGUAAAGAGUGCCUUUCAUUAAAACAUGUAUCCUACUGUAA